AAUGCGUUAUGUCCGUUUGUGGCUAGCACUCGAGCUUUACCGAGGCUAAGACCAAUCUUGAUUUCUCCACGGAGAUUUACCACGCGACUCUGCACCCCAUAGGUCGUGCAUCUCAUCGCUUGCGAGCGGCAACAUACCCUAUGUCAACACUUCACGAGUCUUCCGACAACUUACGGGGCGAUUCAACCUCUGAUGCUGUGAACACCAGGCCCUCGGCGCCAGUCGCGAAAAGAGCUUGCGACGCGUGCAAGCGUCGCAAAGUCAGAUGUGAUGCAUUGUCAACACCAUGCGCAAAUUGCCGCAUAUCACGCCUCGAGUGCGUUUAUAACAUAGCACCCCAGAAGAGGGGACCAAAGCGCAAGCGGAACGUUACUACACAGCCAACUUUCAGGGUUUCAGAUGGCGAAUCCAUGCGACAAGCCGGUGCGACAGUCCAUCAAAGCGAUGCGCGUCUGAGCAACACAACUUUCAGAUCGUAUGAUCUGCAGGUGUCACUUACAGGUGCUCCUUCGUCAGCGGCGAGAAACUUACAACCCUCGUCCCAAAUACACCAACAACCCGACCUUGCGCUGCACGGCAUCGCAGACCAAUGUAUCACAUUGUACAUGAACUACCUCUUUCCUAUAUCGCCCACCAUCCAUGAACCAUCAAUCCGUGCCAUGGUACCCUUAUUGCAAGGUAAUGGUGGUGAGGAUAUGGCAGUGUUACGUAGUCGCACACUUUUAACAGCAUUGUGCGCUGUUACUGCUCUCACAUUGCCUGUCUCGGUUUUCCCAAUGCGAGAACAAAUCGGACGUCAGUUUCUUACUGCAUCGCGAGAGACGCUGAAGUCGCACGAAGAUUACGAUAUCGAGCAUCUAGACUAUAUCUCUCUAGUCACGAGGUCCUAUCUUUGGACCGCCUUACAUGCCGUUGGCAAAACGCGCGUCUCUUGGCAUGUACUUGGAGAGGCUAUACGUUUCGCGCAAGAAAUGCGGCUUUACGAUGAGACCUCCUAUCAGAAUCUUGAUCCACUUGAGGAACGUCUCCUCAGAAGCAUAUUCUGGCAGAUCCAUACUGCUGACAGGUCUGCGGCGAUCUUGAACGGGCGUCCAAUCUCGCUGCACCGCGCGUGCCUAGGAGCUAAAGUCACCACGAUGUACUGGCGUGGAUCUUUGCCUGAUGUACCUUUACUGGAUUAUUCGAGCACCCCGAGCGCUCUCGACAUAGAGAGCGUGGUCAGACAGGGAUAUGACCUCUGUCAAGACCUGUGGACAAAAGCGUCAAGCAUCAUCAUAAAAUUCGACUCCUUGGAAAUCUGGAACGAAGGUGUCGAGGAUCGAUCUGCCUUAGUUGGCCCGUCUCAUGAAGUCGUCAUCACUGACUAUCUUGACUUUAUUGCCAUGAUUGAUCAUUGCCGAUUUGACAUCAAGGUACCUGAGACAGUAGAUCCUGAUUCGCCGACAUCGACACGGAUUCAACGAGCCUUUGAUAUCCAAAGAACGAACCUGUGUGUGACUUACUAUUGUUUAAAGAUGGUUCUUCUCCAGAGGUUCUAUGAAACAGGAAUAUCCGAACAUCUUGGCGUUAGCGGAACGUCAUACUCGCUUGCAUUGAGGAGGCUCGACAUCGCUAGUGACAUGGUCAGGGUACUAUCAGAGGUCUCUAUCGAGUCUCUCCAAGUGAACGGGGAGCCGUGUGUAGAGAAGAUUCGAAGAAUAGGAGUGACUCUCCUUGAACUCAUCCAGCAAAGUCACAACCUAGCACUUACCGAACGUGCUAAAUCAUUGUUCUUCACCCUCUUAGAUGUCCUUUCGAGACUGGAUUCUCGCGUCUCCGAAGAGCUCGAUUUCAACCGUGGAUUCUGAGCAGGAUGCAUCGCGAUGGCUGUGAUCUUUAUCGUUGGAGAUGAAGAGAUUGUGAUUGAGUAUCAUGUUCGAACCACAAACGAGUGGACGAAAUGACAAGGAUGGAGCGCUUUGCCACU